UCAGUGAAUAUUUUUAAGAGAUAGAUGUUUGAUAUAAUCUUUGGAACAAACGACAAUGGGUCGCAGUCGUUCGAGAGAAGAUUUGCGAACUAGGAGUGAAGGUGGAUCGAGAAGUAAAGUUAAGAAAAAGGAAGAAAAGAAGAAAAGGAAGCGAAGCAGCAGGAGCCCCGCUGUGUCUCACAAACACUCCCGAAGCUCAGCUCGGGGACUCCGCACGGCUGAGCUAACCACACCUGAAAAUCCAAUCAAACCAAAAUGCCAUUUGUCAUCUUCAACAUUAUCCUCCUCUUCGUCUUCAGGGAAAGGAAAGCAUCAAAAAAGGAGUCACCGUUCAAAAAGGAAAAAAGAUAAAGCUAGGAAAAGAAAGAAAAAAAGGGAAAAGGAGAAAAGAAAAGUGUUGACAGUGAAGCCAUCGCAGGAACCUCCCGGUGAAGGCAGGAUUUCAAGUGAGGCAGUGACUGAGUGUUUGGAAGCAGAACAUACUGAAAAAGUUGUUACAGAUGAACAGAAAACUCGAAUUCAGGCCAUGCGACCAAUGACAAAGGAGGAGUGGGAAGCCAGGCAAAGUGUCAUUCGGCGGGUUGUGGAUCCGGAGACUGGCAGGUCAAGGUAAAGUUAAUGGGUUAACCCUGAACAGGUCGAGGUAAAGUUAAUGGAUUAACUCAGAGCAGGUCAAGGUAAGGUCAGUGGAUUAAACUAAUGUGAUCACAUUUUACUUUGAAGAUUUGCAGAUUAUCAAGCAGCUCUCAGUAAAAACUACAUGGAAGUGAUGUCAGUUACCUGUGACAUUGUGGAAUUUCACUUCCUUUCGAAGAUUCACUGUAAUGUCCUUGAUGAGGUGGAGUCUGGUGUGACCUGCAGGUCAUGGUAGGGAAUCACAUCUGGCAGCACCUGGAUGCUAAUGAUUUCACAGCAGAUCUGCCCCUCAAAAGAUCUGUAAUUUUAAAACAACUGAAGAACACUUUUUGUGUAUUUUAUUUAGGAAGUUGAAUGGAAAAUACAUAGGAGAAAAUGUUUCUUUUAUGAUUGAUAAGGAAAUAAUUGAACCUUAACCCCAUAUCUUGCAGAGAUAAUCCAAUCCAAAGAAAACAGUCAAGUUGAGAUCUGUAAUAACUGUGGUUUCAGUUGGUGGCACUGUUUAUCACACACUGAUUGCAGUGAGUUCUAAUAGAAGGAUUGAACUUCACUCCAAAGUGUUCUACUUUUCAGUGUGUUCUGGGGUUUAUCUGCUGCUGCUAGAUCUGCAUGACUCAAAAAGAAUGUCAAAGAGUGGGGCUUGUGUUGCAUGCAUUUCCCUGGGAGAACAGUGUGACAUAAAGGAAUUCACAACUUCCAUGAUCAUGACCAUCUUCACAUCAGCCAAGAGAGAGGAGUUAGUUCUGAAUG